AUGAGUCUCUACUUUGAAUCCGACGAAGAAGAAGAGCUUGAGGAUUUGCGCAAAUUAAACGCAGCUAUAGAAGAAGACGAAGCUGCGUCCAGCAGAACCAAUUCGCGUGUCUCCUAUAACACAAAGCUGUCUACUUGCGAUAGCGUUCAAGACGAUUUCUCAGAUAUCAACACUGCUAUAGCACUAAACAAGUUAUAUGAUGAAAAACUUCAGGCAUUGGAAAAUAAGCUUCAUAAUCGUUUACAGGAAUGUCGGCAUCGACUAAAGGUUCUGCAAGGAAUGGUUACAGUCGAAAAAACAAAUAUUGUUCCAUUUUAUUAUGUUGCAUGUGCUAAGCCAUAUUUUAAAGACAUAAAUGGUUUUACUGCGCCAGAAAAUAAUGACACAAAACUAAGAAGAGAAGCUGGAAUUUACGACGUAUCUACUACUCUUGGCUCUGGUUGGACUCUCAGUGAUAAAAAGAAAUUAACAAAAUUAAUUCUAACCUUGUCACAAAAUUGUAAAAGGCAGGAACUCAAAUCAAAGUUAUCAAAAUUAAAACGUGAAGCUAAUCAGGAUACCAAUGAAAUAUCCAGUUUAGAAGAUCAAAUUAGCAAAAUAUCUAGCAUGUCCCUCAAAGAACUAGCAUUACCAAUUGAGGUGGAUUAUGAUUGGUGUUAUAUUGCAAAUAAAUUGAAUUUGAAACACAAUCCCCAGGAAUAUAAAGCAAUAUGGAAACUAUUCUUACAUCCUUCUAUUAACAAACAAGCCUUUUCAAAAAAAGAACACAAUACAUUACUUCAACUUGCCUCUAAAAAUAAUUUCCAGAACUGGGACUCAAUUGCAAAGCAACUUAAUACUAACCGCUCCCCAUAUCAAUGUUUUGUUUACUUCCGUACACAUGUAACCAACCCUUCUUCACCAAAAAAGUGGACUCCGCAAGAAGAAGAGUAUUUGAAAAGGAUAAUAGAGUAUUAUAGAUUGGGAAAUUAUAUUCCAUGGGCUAAGGUGGUUGGAUGCAUGGAAAACAGGACAAAAAUACAAGUAUACAACAAAUAUAUGAGACUGUUAGAAGAACGGAAAGGGAGAUUUCUGCCCGAAGAGGAUGCCGUUAUUUUGACAUUUGUAGAUAAACAUGGUCCAGAUUUCAAGAGAAUGAAAUGGUACUUACCUGGUCGGUCCAUAGCACAAUGUAGAGUUCGAUAUCAGGUACUAAGCACUAAGAGAAUGUCAAAAGUAUGGACUGUGGAGGAAGACAAAAAGUUACUACAAUUAGUUGCAAAUCAAGAGCCUCCACGAAACUUUUUCGAAUUAGCUAGACAUUUCAAAAAUAAAGAAAGAACUCACAUACGCGCAAGAUACUUAACUUUAGAAAAAUGGAUGAAACGAAAUCCUAACAUUGAUAUAAAACUUGUUCCUAGAAGACCUGCUCGACAAAUUAAACGUGGAAACAAAACUGAUAAUUUAAAGAAGGCCAUUCUUAAUUUAAAGAAAAGAAUGGAGUCAGAAUUGUAUACAAAUAAGAAUAAGCAAUUAAAUAAAAACUCAUCAGAGGAUAAAAUUGACGAUGCUAUUAUAGCUGUCUUAGUAAAGGAAGAAAUAAAAAGAGAAGAAAAGGAAAAGUAUAAGACUUUUUUAGAUUAUAAAAGUGGAACUGAAGAUAAGCCUAUGGCAGUGCAAAACAGUGGUGUGAAUAUUAAGAAUUUAUGGCAAAUACUCAUAUUUUUAAGAGCUAAGUUAAAUAAAGUUCGAUUUGCUGAGAGUGAUAUGGGUAAAAAGUAUUCUCAACUACUUCAACAUGACUGUAGUAUGCCAAUUUUCGCCACAAAGAGGUCAUAUUCAAGAAAAGUGUCAAGUAACACAGUUCAUAAUCAAAAAGUCCCUGAUAUCUGGGGUAACAACUGUCUUGAGUCUCCCCAGCAUGUACUACCACCAUCAUAUGCAACUAUCAUAGCCUGUAAAACAUUAAUGAAUUAUGUUUCCAAUACAGGAGAAAAUAUUAAUAUGAAGCAAUUAAUCGAAUGUCUAAAUCAAAAUGUCAUAUUCAACAAUGAAAUGAAAAAAUUUGCAACAAGAUUUAAUUCGCUCUUCCUGUGGCCUAUGGUAUUAUCAAAUCAUAUGCCGCCUGAAAUAAAACCUGUACCUGGCACAAGUUGUAUACAGAAUCCUAAAAGGGCUUUUUCUCCAAUUGAGUUUCAAAUGAAGACAUGUAGAAGUCCCAUAGUUCAAAGUUCUGAAGAGAAAGUUAUUAAUGAAAGUAUUGAUUUGAAGCAUGAUAGUAAUAUUGAAGAAACUACUUUAACAAUAUCAUUUGAACACUUUAAUGAAUAA